AUGCUUAAAAGCCUUAGCGCAAUGCAAGGUGAGAAGGAGGUACCGUUGAGCAAUAAUCAAGGUCCUAUAGAAGAGGGCCGAGUAUCAAACCAGAACAGCGAUCCCAAUAUAACCUCUUCUGCUUCUAUCACUGUUACUCAGUUUCCUGCUAAGAAGCCAACUAGGCAAUGGGCUGCUUGGACGCAUCAAGAAGAGGAAAGUUUCUUCACUGCUCUUCGUCAAGUUGGAAAGAACUUUGCGAAGAUUACUUCUCGUGUCCAAAGCAAAAACAAGGACCAGGUUAGACAUUACUAUUACCGUCUAGUCAGGCGUAUGAACAAGCUUCUGGGUCCGGAGCUGAGUCUGGAUGCUAAAAACCCAAAGGAUACAAAUGCUGCAAUGCUACGAUGGUGGUCGUUACUGGAAAAGUAUAGCUGCAAAGCUUCAAAACUUCACCUUAAACCUCGGAGAUUCAAGCUAUUCUUAGAGGCCUUGGAACACCAAUUGCUAAAAGACCGCAGAAAAAGCACAAGAAAACGGGCUUGCCAUGGAGAAACUUUCUCUUCCGCCAACCUUGGAAAUAUCUCAAGUCAUAGCAGGGAAAGAGGAUUGGAUAACAGUCCCUUUAGAUUGAUUCUUUGCGACAGCCAAAUUGUUAGGCCUGGAAGAGCAUCUACCAAACAUGGUGAAAGCUUAGGUGUUAACCUUGGUGAUGAAAAGGAAGAUUCAGCCGUAGGAAGAAGGCAACGACGAAAGCAAGGUUAUAGAAAAUGGGAAAAGGCUGCAAUAGAUGGGGUCUCUUUGGUUGCUGAUGCUGCAGAACACUUAGAACGAACUUCAAUCGACAAAGAUGUGAAUGGUCAGAAAGAUUUACUAGACUUAGGUCCCAGAAGAAAUUUAACUGGAAAGUCUCCACUUUCCCUAUCCUCUUCUGGUGAGGUUCCUCUCAGUGAUGCCAAUAUGCAGUUAUCUGCCAAGUUGAAACUUCAGUUGUUUCCAAUUGAUGAAUGUACAAGAAGAUCCUUGGAAGAGGGCAAGCACAAUCCGCAUCUGGAACUUACUCUAAGUAAUCGCAAGAAGAUAUCUUCUGUUCUGGAACAUCUCAAUCGCAAAUGGGGAAGUUCAAGUUGUGCAUGUGGAGAGCUGAUGCUGUUCCCUUACAAUGCAAGGAAAGAAACUGUAGCUUGUCAUCAGAGGUGGACCAGAGACUCUUUUCUAAGCGCAGCAGAAGUGCAUUCAAUGAUUGGAAGUCCCUUGCUUUUCCGCUUAAGGUAUGGUUGGUUCGUCCAGGACGCAUCAGGUUCUUUUAUUUCUCAAGUUCCAACUUCAGCUUCUUAUCCUUCACUUGCGGAUAAUAUGAAUGUGGAUGAGGCGAAUGAGGUCAACAUGCUCCCUACUGAAUCAGGACCCUUAUCUAAGCAUUCAACUGCUGCUGGUAAUCAUUAUGCAGAAACUAGAGAUAAUUAUGAACCUGCUUCAGCUCCUAGUACUGCGCUUGACCAUUUGAGCAACGGUAAUGCACUGUCAGCAGGAGCAUGGGCUGAUAGUCUUACUAACAUAAGUAUAGGUGAUCUACUUUGUGAAGCGCCUGAUGACAUAGAUAGUGACUGUGUGGAUCCACCAGCCACUGAGGGUUCACAUUGCCUCCUUCGAGAUGUAUCAUUUGCCUCUGACUCUUUUGAUGCUGCAAUUGCUGCUCAUAUACUAAGACACCAGAACAAGCCGCCAAGUGGUCUAAUACCGGUGACUACUGGCUCUUCAUCUCUAUGGGAUGAUGAAGAUACACGUGAUGCCUUCUCCUUCCAUAAGAAUCGUCAUGCAAGCUCUUCCAAGUUGGCUAAUGUUAGUACUGGCAGAGAAAAUGGAGAGCCUUCUCAGUUAGUGGAGGCUACAUCCGGCGAUGAGGGGCCUUGCAACCUUCCUGAUCAGCAGGGAGAUCCAAUGGAAGAGGUUCCAACAGACCCUCACACGAUUGAUUCUCCAGGGAAGACCAUCUAUGGGCUUGCGGAUGUUUAUUGGCCGGACUCAUUAGGACCACUGGAUCUAGACAUUAGAUCUUCAAAGUAUACAGAAGAUGUGAACCUCAGUGAUAGCCUCGGGGGUUUGAGCCGUCUGAUAGCGACCAGCCUUGAUGCGUUUCAAAACUGUUCGCUUUUUGGGUUCGACAGCAAGAAGGAUAAGUCUAACAUGGUCUGA